AUGAGCUAUAAUCAGGAUCAGAACUAUAAUAGUAAUAACGGUAUGCCGCCGUCUGAUCAAAAUCAACAACAGGAUAUGUUGUACGAUGAUUAUGGUAAUCCUAUUAAUCCAGAUGCAGCUUAUUACCAAAAUGAUCCAUACUAUCAACAACAAGGUAAUCCGCAAAUGAAUAACGCAGGUGAUAACAUGGAAAAUUUCUCGGAUUUUAGUAGUUAUGGCCCUCCUCAACCAGGUACUCCCUAUGGCAACGGCCAGAGUGGAAUGGGGUAUCCUAUGGAUCCUCAAUCCAUGCAACAACCGAAUAAUAUGCAACAACAGCAGCAGUACACUCCCUCGCAAUUAUCCUAUGGUGAUGGUAUGAUGGGUGGCUAUGCUGAUUCCGGUGCGUCUACUCCUGGGAUGAUGUAUGAUCCAAAUGCUAUCGCGAUGGCUUUGCCUAAUGAACCAUAUCCGGCUUGGACUGCAGACACGCAAGCUCCUGCUACAAUUGAACAGAUUGAAGAUGUCUUUAUUGAUUUGACGAACAAGUUCGGGUUUCAACGUGAUUCCAUGAGAAAUAUGUUCGAUCAUUUCAUGGUCUUGCUGGACUCCCGUUCGUCAAGAAUGUCUCCGGAUCAAGCUUUGCUAUCGUUACAUGCCGAUUAUAUUGGUGGCGACACGUCAAACUAUAAGAAAUGGUAUUUUGCUGCUCAAUUAGAUAUGGAUGAUGCUGUGGGCUUUAGAAAUAUGAAUUUGGGAAAAUUAUCAAGAAAGGCUCGUAAAUGGAAAAAGAAGAAGAAGAAGGAAAUAAAAGAAGCUGUAGAGAAUGGGGAAAACACCGAAGAAACUUUGGAAAAAAUCGAAGGUGAUAAUACUUUGGAAGCAGCUGAUUUUAGAUGGAAGGCAAGAAUGAAUGCGUUGACUCCUUUGGAACGUGUUCGUCAAAUCGCUUUGUAUCUGUUGAUAUGGGGUGAAGCAAAUCAAGUUAGAUUCACUUCCGAAUGUCUUUGUUUCAUUUAUAAAUGUGCUUUGGAUUAUCUGGAGUCGCCUCUAUGUCAACAACGUCCCGAUCCAAUCCCCGAAGGUGACUAUUUGAAUAGAGUCAUCACCCCAUUAUAUCGUUUCAUUAGAAAUCAAGUCUAUGAAAUCGUCGAUGGCCGUUACGUUAAACGUGAAAAGGACCAUAAUGAAAUUAUCGGGUACGAUGAUGUUAAUCAAUUGUUUUGGUAUCCUGAAGGUAUCAUGAAAAUCAUCUUCGAAGAUGGCACUAAAUUGGUAGAAUUACCUGCAGAAGAACGUUAUUUAAGAUUAGGUGACAUUGUUUGGGAUGAUGUGUUUUUCAAGACUUUCAAAGAAACAAGAUCUUGGUUACAUAUGGUCACUAAUUUCAAUCGUAUUUGGAUCAUGCACGUCUCAAUCUAUUGGAUGUACUGUGCUUAUAACGCUCCAACGUUCUAUACUCAUAACUAUCAACAAUUAGCAAACAACCAACCGUUGGCUGCUUACAGAUGGGCUUCUGCCGCUUUAGGUGGUUCGGUCGCCUCUUUCAUUCAAAUAUUUGCUACCAUUUGUGAAUGGAUGUUUGUUCCAAGAAAAUGGGCUGGUGCUCAACAUUUAUCAAGAAGAUUUUGGUUCCUUUGUAUCAUCUUUGGUAUCAAUUUAGGUCCAAUUAUCUUCGUCUUUGCUUACGAUAAGGAUACUGUUUACUCAGUGGCGGCUCAUGCUGUCGCCGCAGUGACUUUCUUUAUUGCCGUUGGUACAAUUAUUUUCUUUAGUGUUAUGCCAUUAGGUGGGUUGUUUACUCCAUAUAUGAAGAAAAACACCAGACGUUACGUGGCUUCUCAAACGUUUACUGCAUCCUUCGCUCCAUUGCAUGGCCUAGAUAGAUGGAUGUCUUAUUUGGUUUGGGUCACUGUGUUUGCCGCUAAAUACUCAGAAUCUUACUACUUUUUGAUCUUAUCUCUAAGAGAUCCUAUGAGAAUCUUGUCCACUAUGGAUAUGAGAUGUACUGGUGAAUACUGGUGGGGUAACAAGACUUGUAGACAACAAGCUAGAAUCACUAUGGGUUUAAUGAUCGCUACCGAUUUCAUUUUAUUCUUCUUAGAUACAUAUUUGUGGUAUAUUAUUGUCAACUGUAUCUUCUCCAUUGGUAGAUCCUUCUACUUAGGUAUUUCCAUUUUAACUCCAUGGAGAAACAUCUUCACUAGAUUACCAAAAAGAAUCUAUUCAAAGAUCCUUGCUACAACCGAUAUGGAAAUUAAAUAUAAACCAAAGGUCUUGAUCUCUCAAGUUUGGAACGCUAUUGUCAUUUCCAUGUACAGAGAACAUUUAUUAGCCAUUGAUCAUGUUCAAAGAUUAUUGUAUCAUCAAGUUCCUUCUGAAAUCGAAGGCAAGAGAACCUUAAGAGCUCCAACUUUUUUCGCAUCUCAGGAUGAUAAUAAUUUUGAAACUGAAUUUUUCCCACGUAAUUCCGAGGCUGAACGUCGUAUUUCUUUCUUUGCUCAGUCAUUGGCCACUCCUAUCCCAGAACCAUUGCCUGUCGAUAACAUGCCAACCUUCACUGUGUUGACUCCUCAUUACGCUGAAAGAAUCUUAUUAUCCUUAAGAGAAAUUAUCCGUGAAGAUGAUCAAUUCUCAAGAGUCACCCUAUUGGAAUACUUGAAACAAUUACAUCCUGUUGAAUGGGACUGUUUCGUCAAGGACACCAAGAUAUUGGCUGAAGAGACUGCCGCAUACGAUAAUGACGAAAAUGAUCCUGAAAAGGACGAGGGUAUGAAGGCUCAAAUUGAUGACUUACCAUUUUACUGUAUUGGUUUCAAAUCCGCUGCUCCAGAAUAUACGCUACGUACACGUAUCUGGGCUUCCUUGAGAUUCCAAACUUUGUAUCGUACCGUGUCUGGUUUCAUGAACUAUUCUAGAGCUAUUAAACUGUUAUACCGUGUGGAGAAUCCUGAGAUUGUCCAAAUGUUCGGUGGUAACGCUGAAGGUUUAGAGAGAGAAUUAGAAAAGAUGGCCAGAAGAAAAUUCAAGUUUUUGGUUUCCAUGCAAAGAUUGGCUAAAUUUAAACCACAUGAAUUAGAAAAUGCGGAAUUUUUAUUAAGAGCUUAUCCAGAUUUACAAAUCGCUUACUUGGAUGAAGAACCUCCAAUCAAUGAGGGUGAUGAACCAAGAAUUUAUUCUGCUUUAAUCGAUGGUCACAGUGAGAUCCUGGAGAAUGGUCGUAGACGUCCAAAAUUCAGAGUUCAAUUGUCCGGUAAUCCAAUCUUAGGUGAUGGUAAAUCUGAUAACCAAAAUCAUGCUUUGAUUUUCUACAGAGGUGAAUAUUUACAAUUGAUCGAUGCUAACCAAGAUAACUACUUAGAAGAAUGUUUAAAGAUUAGAUCUGUUCUAGCUGAAUUCGAAGAAUUAAACGUUGAACAAGUUAACCCUUACGCUCCAGAAUUGAAAUACGAAGAGCAAACUACAAAUCACCCUGUCGCUAUCGUUGGUGCUAGAGAAUAUAUUUUCUCAGAAAACUCCGGUGUUCUUGGUGAUGUUGCUGCUGGUAAAGAACAAACAUUCGGUACAUUAUUCUCUCGUACAUUGGCUCAAAUUGGUGGUAAAUUGCAUUAUGGUCAUCCCGAUUUUAUCAAUGCUACUUAUAUGACUACAAGAGGUGGUGUCUCCAAGGCACAAAAGGGUCUACAUUUAAACGAAGAUAUUUACGCUGGUAUGAACGCACUAUUACGUGGUGGUCGUAUUAAGCAUUGUGAAUAUUAUCAAUGUGGUAAAGGUAGAGAUUUAGGUUUUGGUACUAUUUUGAAUUUCACAACAAAGAUUGGUGCUGGUAUGGGUGAACAAAUGCUUUCCCGUGAAUACUACUAUCUAGGUACUCAACUUCCUAUCGAUCGUUUCUUGACUUUCUACUAUGCGCAUCCUGGUUUCCAUUUGAAUAAUUUAUUCAUUCAAUUGUCUGUUCAAAUGUUUAUGUUGACUUUGGUUAACUUACACGCUCUUGCUCACGAAUCCAUUAUUUGUAUUUACGACAGAAAUAAGCCAAUUACUGAUGUCCUAUAUCCAAUUGGUUGUUACAACUUGUCACCUGCUAUUGAUUGGGUUAGACGUUACACAUUAUCCAUUUUCAUUGUUUUCUGGAUUGCCUUUAUUCCUAUUGUGGUUCAAGAAUUAAUCGAACGUGGUAUUUGGAAGGCAACUCAAAGAUUCUUCCGUCACAUCCUAUCUUUAUCUCCAUUAUUCGAAGUUUUCGCAGGUCAAAUAUAUUCUGCUUCUUUGUUAAGUGAUUUAACUGUCGGUGGUGCCCGUUAUAUUUCUACUGGUAGAGGUUUCGCUACAUCGCGUAUCCCAUUCUCCAUCUUAUAUUCUAGAUUUGCUGGUUCUGCAAUUUAUAUGGGUACUAGGUCUAUGAUUAUGUUGUUGUUUGGUACCGUUGCGCAUUGGCAAGCUGCUUUACUAUGGUUCUGGGCUUCUUUGUCCGCUUUGAUGUUUUCUCCAUUCAUUUUCAAUCCUCAUCAAUUCUCUUGGGAAGAUUUCUUCUUGGAUUACAGAGAUUACAUCAGGUGGUUAUCAAGAGGUAACAACAAAUAUCACAGAAACUCUUGGAUUGGUUAUGUUAGAAUGUCAAGAUCUCGUAUUACUGGUUUCAAACGUAAGUUAGUUGGUGACGAAUCUGAAAAGGCUGCUGGUGAUGCCAGUAGAGCUCAAAAGAAGAACGUCAUAUUCGCUGAGAUUUUCCCAACUGCCGUGUAUGCUGCUGGUUGUUUCAUUGCAUUUACAUUUAUUAAUGCCCAAACAGGUGUCAAGACUACAGAUGAUGAUACAGUGAAUUCCACCCUUCGUAUUAUCAUUUGUACUUUAGCACCUAUCGGUAUUGAUCUAGGUGUUUUGUUCUUCUGUAUGGGUAUGGCUUGUUGUUCUGGUCCAUUGUUUGGUAUGUGCUGUAAGAAGACUGGUGCUGUUAUGGCAGGUAUUGCCCACGGUGUUGCUGUUGUAAUUCACAUUGCCUUCUUCAUUGUUAUGUGGGUCUUGGAAGGCUUCAACUUUGCCAGGAUGUUACUUGGUGUUGUUACUUGUAUACAAUGUCAAAGAUUUGUAUUCCAAUUGAUGACCGUAUUUUUGUUGACUCGUGAAUUCAAGAAUGAUCACGCCAAUACUGCUUUCUGGACAGGUAAAUGGUACGGCAAGGGUCUUGGUUAUGCAGCUUGGACUCAACCAACUAGAGAAUUGACUGCUAAGGUUAUUGAAUUAUCAGAAUUUGCCGCAGAUUUUGUCUUGGGACAUGUUAUUUUAAUCUGUCACUUACCAUUUAUCUUGAUCCCACAAAUUGAUAAAUUCCACUCUAUUAUGCUGUUCUGGUUAAAACCAUCUCGUCAAAUCCGUCCUCCAAUUUACUCUUUGAAACAAGCUCGUUUACGUAAGCGUAUGGUUAAGAAGUAUGCAUCAUUAUACUUCUGUAUUUUAGUCAUUUUUGCUGCCUGUAUCAUCGCUCCAGCUGUUGCAUCUGCAUAUGUUCCAAAGGAAAUUGGUAAAUCACUAACCGGUGUUGCUCAUAACUUAUUCCAACCAAGAAACCAAAGUAAUAAUGAUACUGGUGCACAAAUAUCUACCUAUGUUAGUCACUGGUACACACAUACACCAAGUAUAAAAUCCUGGUCUACUACUAAAUAG